GUUCUCUGCCAAUCAGUGUUUGGUUUUGUUUCAGGUUCACUGUCUCAAUGGAAGUGGUACCAGCCUGGGCCCCAGCAGUAGGUUUUGCACUCCUGCCGCAUGCAGGAGGAUUUUUAGGAAGCAAUAUAACCAAAAGGGAAAUCCCAACAUGGUAUGAAACUCUGCAGAAGCCAUCCUGGUGUCCACCUAACUGGGUGUUUGCUCCUGUUUGGGGAACUCUCUAUACAUCUAUGGGAUAUGGCUCCUACCUGGUGUGGAAGGAACUGGGGGGCUUCAAUGAAAAGUCAGUGGUUCCUCUGGGUCUGUAUGCAGGGAACCUGGCAUUAAACUGGGCAUGGACUCCAAUAUUUUUUGGAGCUCACAAAAUGGGAUGGGGGUUGGUGACUCUUCUGCUUACAACUGGUACAGCAACAGCUACCACUGCUUCCUGGUAUAACAUCAACAAAACAGCAGCUUAUUUGAUGGUUCCUUACUUAGCUUGGCUAAGCUUGGCUUCUGCACUCAAUUAUCGGGUCUGGAAGGACAAUCGCAACAAGAAAAAACCUGAAUAAGCAGUUUUCAGCCAAAACAAUUUUUUUUCCCAUAAUAACUUUUUAUAUAAAAAGUUAUGGCCUUAUUUUUAGCUGAACUACUUCUACCAGUACUUGGGUAAUUACAAGUUGACAAAACAAAUACAACUUUAUUAGGCAAGCCAUGAAGGAUUGUAUGGCUGACUGGGUUUUAUAGCAAACUAAAAGUCUUGAUUAAAAAGUGGUAAGUGCCAUACUAUAGUAUUAUAUGUUACAUGACAACAGCAUUUUAACUGUUACCAGAAGAAAGCAGGAACUCAAACUUCCUUAUGUUCAGAGGAAGAAAUCCAGCCACACACUAACAUGGUUUCCAGAAAGGUGUUUCUAAGAGUGACAGGCAUGAUUGUGGCCUGAAUGUUUCAUAUUUACCACUAGGCACAAUGCUUUUGUGCUAUGAUGUGUCCCACUGCAGCCACCAGAUAUUUGUCUUCUGGCCAUUGUACUCUGGAAACAUUUAAGACAAGCUCUUUUUAACAAUUUUUGCCUCCCCACUUUGAAGAACUGUACAUGCAUCCAGCUAAAUGCAUUAAAUUACAUGUCAACUUAAUAACCUUGUUCCUUGCUGGUAUUGUUUUAAAUUGUUUUGAGAAGAAAAACACUGAAGGCAGCAGGAUGCUACAGCCUCAAAGACAGCCCCUUCAUCUCUUCUCCUCACCUUUGCAAUGGCCAAGACAAACCAGGAAAUUCAGAGCACAUGUAAACAAAUUGUGAGAGUCACAGCCUUUCUUUAGUAAAAUUUAAGUAAGGAGCCCAAACCAGUUUGGGUUCCCCUGAGAAGGAGGCCAGCAUGGUGUGAGCAUCACUUCUGGCUGUGCAACCCCGCUCUCCCUUCUGCCCCAUUUGCACAGCAACUGGAUUUUCCAAAGUUUAUUUCUCCAGCCUAUACUCCAGUCAGUAAAACAAAGCAGGUUCCUGCAGACCAGCCUGAAAUAGCCUCAAAUAUUCCUUUAUGUUCCUGAUUGUGAGGGAUAACAUGCUGCAUGUUUCCAAAGUUUGAAGCAAGGUUUAGAAUGUGUGCACAAUUUCAUAACUACUUUCCUCUUAAGCACAUUCUAAUUGCUGCAAACUAGCUUAAAUAAUUACUACCCAUACAAUAUAUAUGUCAUGACAGAUAGCAGAAUUUUUUGUAGCUUGCACAUAAAGUUGCUGUAUUUCAGGCAAGUGACCCUGAUUUGAGGAAAGAUUAGGAAUUACUCAUUUCAAAUGGGCACCCCACUGCUAAAUACCUCUUUCUAAGGCCCUAAACUUUGAAGUCCAAAGACUGUUUGGGCUUUUGGCAGUUUCCAGAAUUCCUUUAAUUCCUUUAAGCUUCUGCAUUCCUGUGCUGCUCCAGACAUUGCCUCCUGCUCACUUCCUCAAAAAUCUAGUUUCUUUAAGGGAUAGGCUAAGGAUGACGGCCAGCAGUACAAGGUUCCUAAAUGCUGUGGGGUUUCUUUCUCUCUUUUUAAAUAAGAAAAAUGGGAAGAUCCAUAAAGCCUUUAGUCUAAUUAGCCCCAUAGUUCAUUGGGGUGAAAUAC